GCUGGAUGCCACUAAAUCCUACACACUGGUCCUUUAAUUUAACCAGCAUCUGCUCUGGUAAACACAGACUCCCCCCAUUCAAUGAAGCUGUGUGAAACACAUGGAAAGUUUAAAUGCCAACGUCAGAGUUUCUCCGCCUUGUGCCUACUCUGUCCAAUCACAGAGCCGACAGUGUGAUUGCCCAGCCCUCCCUCUGCAGUGAAGCGUUUGACGGUGCCACGGGUGAAUUUUAAUACCGAAAGUAUCCCACGGUAUCCCUGCCGUGGAAAUGGCUGCUACUGUUACAGAAGAAACACUCACACUGAGCGUUGUGAACGAUGCUCCGGUCGAGGAGACUACCGAGGGCGACUGCAAGGAGAAAGAGAAAGGCCUUACCGAACCGGAAACAGAGGAACCAGGCAGCAGCGUAAACCCGAAAACGGUGGAGACGGAGGCGGAGGCCGGCGAAGAGAAGCCCGCCGCAGCGGCAGACAAGGCCGCGAGCGAGGCGCUGACAGACGAUGCUGCAACGGUCAACCAGGAGCCGACAGCUGCACCCGAAGAAGCAGAGCAAAAGCAAGAGGUAAAGGAAAGCUCGGGGGACGGUAGGGUUAACAACGAACCUGCCAACGACAACACAAUGAAAGAAACUAAAGAAGAACCGGCUGAGGAAAGUCGCUGUUCGGGGAUAGACUGCGAGAAGAGCAAAACAGGUUGUGAAGACGGUGAGAAACCCAGCAGCGGUGCCGGGGAACUGGAAGAUAAGAGGCGGCCGAGUGUGGAGAUAUCAUCCUCAGACGGUGAACCGUUGAGCCGUAUGGACUCCGAGGACAGUAUCAGCAGUACCCUAAUGGAGAUGGAGAGCACAGUGUCCAGUGGCCGCUCCACCCCUGCUAUGAUGAAUGGACAGAGCAGCGCCAGCUCCUCAGGGACUAAGACAGUAGCUUACCCCUGCUGCUGGGAUCUCUGUCCACAGUACUUCAACUCCAGCCCUGAUCUAGCUGAGCAUAUUAGGGGCAUUCAUGUGGAUGGACAGAGAGGAGGGGUGUUUGUGUGUCUAUGGAAGGGUUGUAAGGUGUAUAACACUCCGUCCACCAGUCAGAGUUGGCUCCAGAGACACAUGUUGACCCACAGCGGAGAUAAGCCCUUCAAGUGUGUAGUCGGUGGCUGCAAUGCCAGCUUUGCUUCCCAAGGAGGGCUGGCUCGCCAUGUACCCAGUCACUUCAGCCAGCAGAGCUCUUCCAAAAUGUCCAGCCAGGCCAAACUCAAGGAGGAGUCACCCUCCAAGGCUGGUCUCAACAAGAGGAAGAAACUCAAGAACAAACGCAGGUGCUCCCUACCGAGGCCCCAUGACUUCUUCGAUGCCCAGACCAUGGAUGCUAUCCGCCAUAGGGCCAUCUGCCUGAACCUCGCCACCCACAUCGAAAGUGUGGGCAACGGACACAGUGUGGUCUUUCACAGCACGGUGCUAGCCAGAAGGAAAGAGGGCUCUGGCAAGGUGAAAGUCCUCCUACAUUGGACACCUGAGGACAUACUACCUGACGUGUGGGUGAAUGAAACUGAGCGAACUGGGCUGAAGACUAAAGUGGUGCACUUAUCCCAGUUACCGCAGGACACAGCCAUGCUGCUAGACCCAAACAUCUAUAGAGCACUUCCUCAGAAGCGGCUGAAGCGGAGUGGCUGUGAAAAAGGUGAAAGUGGGUCAAAAUCUGUUUAUUCAUUCCAUGUCAUCAUUUGGGAUGCAGUCCCUUAUGUCCUGUCCAGUUUGAACCCUUCCUCAUAUGGCUUGCCUCUAAUACAAAGGUGUGGGUAGUGUGAUUCAUCGCUCAUCUGUUUGUAAGUCAAAUGAAGGAGAGAGCAAGGACAGAGGGAUAGUGACCACCAUCCUGCUGUGGCUUCAGAUGUGCCAGCGAGCCUUUAGUUCUCUCCAUUAUGGUGUCGAGUGAGAAGUCAACAAUCUUUAAAGGAAGUUUGUCUCUUGAGCUCCAAGCCGUUAACCUGGCAGAGGGAGAUGAUGGGUGAAAUUUUGGUUCUCCACAGCGAUCAGAGGCGUCACAGGAGACAUAGACAGCGCCAGAGCUGGGAAACAAUCUCUUCAUUUUCUUGACAUUAAAAGAAUGUACCGUUUGCAAAUGUAAUGACUCUAAAGAGGACAGGAAAGAGAUUAGUGGGGAGCUUAAAAUGGGAGACAGAUAAUUGUGUCCUUAGUUUGCUUUGGCAAGAUCCUUUACUCACUGAGCCAGAGAAAUCAAACAGGUCAAUGAACUAUAGAGACAGCCCCAAAACCUCAGCCAGUUUCAUCAGUCACCCUUCACUGAUGGCAGAUCUCUUCCUGAGUCAGUGUAUUAAACUUAUGAGGAUUCACAUAAUUCACACUGCAAUUUUACUUCUCACUGAUUGCUGUGUGCACUCAAUAAAAGUUGUUGCCCAGUUCACUUCAUGCUGACAGAUAGAUAAUAAAAAUCCAAAGCGUGUCCAAACUUCAUGUUCUGAUUACAGGCCAUUAUUCAUUUCAUUCAGUGUUGUUGUGUAGCUGGAGAGGAUUUAUUAGGCUGACUGAAGAAAGAUGACUAUCUGUAAUGUUUGUAAGAGUGUGUAUUUGCUGUGGAAAUGUCCCCGUGCUUGUACUUGUUGCUCUGAUUCAAUCUACUGUAUAAUCAAUUAAUGAGGUUUUAAAUGACUGCUCCAAACACUCACUGUAAAUGUUUACACCUGUUCCGAAUGACCACCCUCAAAGUCGGGGUGAAAAUCAUGCCGUCAUAGAGAGGGGCGAACCGCCAUGAAUCAUAAAUAUGUGAAUAAUAGUGCUUACUUUUGGACAGUCUCUCUAAGGCACUGAUGACGUUGCAUGGUGUUAUGUGAAGAAUGGAAUAGAAUAACAAGGAGGACUGGAGAGAGACUCGUGUGCACACCGGCAGUGGUUUGUCGGGUAGUCGGUUUCAGACGCAGCCCCCCUUAUUCUGACGUCAGAAAGUGUAUUGUCAGUAUAUAUGUGCCAGUGUACUGUUUUUACUAUAUACUGUGGUGACACAUACAGCGCCAACCAUUUUCAUUAGCAUGAUUAUUGCCACUUUCAGUGGGCACCAUGACCGCAGCACAGUUCUCCUGUCUUUAUUAGCAGUCUUAUUUUGACUAACCACACAAAAACACCUCAGUCACCUCAUCAGUCAAAUAGAGUCACAGCAGUCACAGCAGGACCAGAAAACCAGGCUCUUGUCUGUAAAGCUCUAGUUUCUCUUGCAAUGACUUAAUAUGUUAACAUUAGCUAGUCGAUCUACAGAAGCAUGGCUUGUUUAUGGUUAAAGCUGUAAUAUGUAACUAUUCCGCAUUAAAAUAUCUAAAAAC